AUGGACUGUGAAUCUUGUGUGGUAGAAGAACAAUGUCAUUUGCUUAGGAAGACUGAACAAUGGGAAAAGAAUUUGUGUUUGAUUGAAAAGAGUGACACGGAAGAUGUCUUUUCAUCCCAGAAGGCCUCAUCCCCAAGUAGCACACAGAUAAAACUGAGCCCAAAGGCCAUCACCAGGAGGUGUGGCUUUAGUGAUAACUCACAUCUACUCAAAGUUCCAACAGUGGAGGAUGAUGAUGUUGACAUCAAACCAUACCAAUUUCACAGGCAUGCUCCAGGAAGGAUUUCUACAUCACCAACUCUGAGGAGGCUACGAAGCAGUACAUCAUCAGCGUCUCAACUAUUUCCACUCCAAUAUGGCACAGAGAAUACAACAAUGGACAGCCCAAUGGCACAAACUGAUUCUUUAAUUCCUGUUUGCCAGCAUCCUCUCAUAUAUUCUCAGAGUUAUUCUUCCUCACACCCCAGUCUUUGCAAAAGUUCACUGUCAUUGAGGGAAAAGUCACCCUCAAUUGACCCUAUAUCAUUUCAACCACACUUGAAAGAUGGCUUCUGUGAUGAUCAAAAACUGCAGAACACUACAGAAAGCAACCCUUCUUUCCUGCCUGAAGGAAAACAGAAUUCCCAGGAAUGUGGGCAGGAAUUAGAUUUGCAUAUAUCUACCAGUCCAUACAGCUCAACAGAACGCAGGCAUAGCUCAGUGGUGGUGAGUUUGCCUGGAUUUGAGAUGUUUCCAGGAGACCUGUUGAUAUCAGACAGUGCAGCAAAAUUCCUGUAUCACUCAGCAUCUCUACAAAGUUCAGAGUCAAAAAAGCUGCGGUGGCCAUUUGCUAAAAAGGGAACUAGCAAAGGCAAACAUAAACAUAUAUCAGACCUGGAAAACUACCUUUCAACUCUCACCAUUAGGAUGUCACAGUGCCAUGACUAUGAAUUUCACAGUAUUAAGAGUAAGACUUGGCAAGACAUCAUGGCAAUGCAUCAACUUCAGCCAGGAGCCACUGGUGAUCAACUAGAUGUAAAGAAGAAAGAAGCAGUAUGGGAGCUUUUCACAACUGAAUGUACAUACUUUCUUGAUCAACUACUGGUUCUCAAAAUGAUAUUUAUGGAUACCUUGCAGAACCUGCAAAGCAAGUCGUUCCUACCUGAUGUAGACUCUGGGUUACUUUUUGCAAACUUGGAGGAGUUAAAUAAGGUGAGCCUCAGUUUUGUGACCAGUUUCUUCAGUGCUAUAAAGAAUCACCUAAACAAACUCACACCAUCCAUAGAGUUCACUGCUGUCCUCAAUAAGUACUUCCAAGGCAACCUGUGUCAGAGCCACCAAGUGUACUGCCUGAAUUAUACCUCUGCUAUCUUUUACUUGGAAAAACUGAAGAAAAGAGAAGACUUCGGGACCUAUUUGAAAUGGUGUGAACAGAAUGAGCAGUGCAAACGGCUCCAUCUAUCAGAAUUGCUAGUUGCACCUUUACACAAGCUGACCCGUUACCCCCUUCUCUUGAAGAACAUCUGGAAAAAUACAGAGGCGGCAGAGAAAACCAUAAUUGGUUCAUUGAAGGAAAAGGUGGAAAAAUCUAUACGGGAUUUAGAAGGGAAAGUGAAAUGGCUGGACAACUUCCAGAAAUUUAAGCAGCUUCAGGAAAUUAUAUUUUGGCCUUCACUUUGGGAUCAAGACAAAAGAUUUUUUGUUCCUGAGGGUUUCAAGAACCUGCUAAGGGACAACCCCAGUGAAAACAUCUUGUCACCUACAAAGAGAUCCCUUGUUCAUGAGGGGAGAUUAACCCUUUCAGAACAUUUAAAAAUUACUGAUGUCUACUUGUUUCUAUUUGAUGAUUUGCUGUUGAUUACAAAACCUAACCGGCAGAAAAAGAAAUCUGGAGGUCCUGACCUGAGUUUAAUCCCUGCCUGCCAUUUCUUUUCUCCUGAGUUGCAGUCUUUACUUGAAGAAAGCAGUUCUUGCACAGUGCUGGAUCAGCCAAUCCCAUUAGAUAGACUAGUAGUGAAAAAUAUUGAUUCAUUCCACAUAACAGCUUUUGGACUACGAAAUGCUUUUCUAAUACAACAUGAAAACAGGUAUCACCAGUGUAUAGCAGCUUUCUUACUACAAGCACAAACUGAUUCUGCAAAGAAAACAUGGAUAUCCCAAAUAGAAACUGCAGUCUCAAAGUAUAUGAAGACACACAAUCCUUCUCAGACCCCAUUUUUCCAUUUACCUGCUGAAUCAUCUGAAAUUUAGUUGGGGAGCUGAUGGUUCUUGUGGCAAAGCUUACUUCUUUUAAAGCAAACACUUUAAAUUGUUCAUAACUUUUUUUGACAGCAAGGAAAAUUGAUACUUUGCAAGCAUCCUCUAGCUAGCACAUACUUCAGAGAAGGAAAUGGGCAAUUUGUUUCUUAUGCAGGGUGUAGCACUGAUAUACCCUUCACUUACUCCUUGAGGAAAUUCUGGGUAUCUCCUUACAGAUCUUGUUUCUAAACCAAAUAGAAACGAUAUAAGCAAAAGUUAUGGGAGAAG